GUGAGGCUAGGUACGUACCUCGGGUCCCCAAGUCGCGGCCGACGCCUUGGACUCAAUAAGUCGCGCUCAGGGCAUCUUCUAAUUUUGGACUCCGCCGGCCUGCCGCACGCGACGAAGCCGUUGUCUGUACCGCACCGCACCACACAGCACCGCGCAUGCACACCCAUCUCUCCCUCAUUCGUGAAUACCGACCAACCUCAGCUGCAUUCUAUUUGUGUGUUCCUGCGUUAUAUACCUGCUGUCAAGGGUUCCCUCCUUGCGCCCUCUGCAUACUCCCUAUCUGCCUCCCGCCCGGCUUUUCCCACCCUUCACAUCUGUUGCGAACUGCCACCCACCCGUCCAGGCUUGGACAACCGUUAGGGAGGCGCACAGGCACGCCCUCGAUCCCGCAUCCUCAAACGAGCCCUCUCCUUCAAUACACAAGGCAUGAUAUGAAUUCGAGAGCCGGUCCAGCUUAGUAUCCGUUCCAGGCUCCGUCCUAGCCUCCCCAACAGCUUCAUCUGGUAUCGCCUAGCCGAGCAUAAUCCCCUCUAGUUUUACCACGUUUGAAGAUGAGCGACUUGGACAAAGCCAUCGCCCAGCUGCGAGCCUGUCGCCCUAUACCUGAAGCGCAAGUCAGAGAGCUGUGCCACAAAGCGCGAGAGCUCUUGAUCGAAGAGGGUAACGUUGUCACCGUCACCGCCCCAGUAACGAUAUGCGGAGAUAUUCACGGCCAGUUCCAUGAUUUGAUGGAGCUGUUUCGCGUCGGGGGCGACCCUCCAGACACCAAUUACCUCUUCAUGGGUGAUUUUGUCGACCGCGGUUUCUACUCGCUAGAAUCAUUCCUCCUCCUCCUCUGCCUUAAAGUCCGCUAUCCCGAUCGGAUGACACUUAUUCGGGGCAACCACGAAUCUCGUCAAAUAACCACUGUCUACGGCUUCUACGAUGAAUGCUUGCGGAAAUAUGGUAGUGCUAACGUAUGGCGUUAUUGCUGCGAUGUGUUCGACUAUCUCGCUCUCGGAGCUAUCGUCCUCAACGCAUCCAGUACCCUCUCGCCCCCUAAUGAGGUGACACCUAGCGAGGAGUAUACGGAGCAGGACAUCGAGAUCGAAGUCUGUAAUGCGGACGGCGACAUCAUGAGCCGGUUUACCAGGCGUAACAGCGCCCAGUCUUCCGACCGCGAGCGGAAGAGUCCUAACGGUGCUACGGCCAAGACUGGCCCUCCCGGCGGCGGCGCAUCGGGAAGCAGCGGCGGAACCAGUGGCAACCCGACCGGAGCGGUACUCUGCGUGCACGGCGGCCUCUCGCCCCUCAUCGACACGGUGGAUAAGAUUCGACUAUUGGAUCGUAAGCAAGAGGUGCCUCAUGAGGGCGCCAUGUGUGACCUCUUGUGGUCGGACCCGGACGAGAUCGACGGUUGGGGCCUGUCCCCGCGGGGCGCUGGCUUCCUGUUCGGGGCGGAUAUUGUCAAGGUAUUCAACCAUAAGAACGAUCUAUCGCUCAUCGCACGCGCCCACCAGCUCGUCAUGGAGGGAUUCAAAGAAAUGUUCGAUGCCAGCAUAGUGACGGUGUGGUCGGCCCCCAACUACUGCUACCGGUGCGGAAACGUGGCAGCCGUGCUGGAGCUGUCGGAAGACCCUACUGGAGAGAGCUUCUUCGCGCGCAGCAACGGGGACGUAGGCCGAAGCGACGGCGGCGUGGACGGUAUCAUUAUGGAGACCGACAGGAGGCUGAGGAGCGGCCCGGCCAGGAGGUACCGCGUGUUCCAGGCCGCCCCACAGGAUUCUCGCGGGAUGCCUGCUAAAAAACCGGUGGCUGACUAUUUCCUAUGAGGGAAUAUCCUCGGUAACAUGUUCGCCAGUGCGAGAGACGGCAUCGAUUGUACAAUACGAGAGCCAAUGAGAGGACGAAAGGGAAGGUAUCUCUCAUUAGGCGGUCGUGAAAGAGAGCAAUUUUGCUCCUUUGGCCUGCUCGAUCGUGAUACCUCUGUGUCGGAGUUCGGUGGGGUUCAUAGGAAAGAGGGAAAUAGGUUUUUUUUUUUGCUCUACCGACGAUGGCUGGCGGGUUACCUACGAUUCCAUUUUAUCGUGCCCCAUUCCCCAGACAAUAGAGAGACGAGAGAAAGACAUUGGUCUAAUGAGUCUUACCGUCGCUAUAGCGUCAGCGGUCGUCUACCACCCCUCGUCUACGACUACGAGAGGAGAGGGGAGACGGAAUAAAUGUAUGUAGGUCGAAUGCUCGGGUGCUUACGGCCUUCUAGACAUGGCAGUAAACGAAGUGAUGUCCCACCACGUUACGCAAAUACGAAAACGCGUCACGAUCGCAUCCGUUAUCGCGAAACCUAGACAUUCCCAUACGUGUAUACCCUUAUAUAACCGGUUAUAAAAAGGAAAAAAAUAUGUAGAAAUACAGCGGUUCCCCUAUCCCAUGCUAUUCUUCUCAUACCAACUGCCAUUCUCUCUCUCUCUCUCUCUCUCUCUAACUUCCUAGAAACGCCGACCAGCCAUACCCAGCCAGCCAGCCA